AUGGCCGACUCUCUCACCGAAGAGCAAGUUUCCGAAUUCAAAGAGGCGUUCUCUCUCUUUGACAAAGACGGUGAUGGCCAGAUCACCACAAAGGAGUUGGGAACCGUCAUGCGCUCUUUGGGUCAAAAUCCAUCCGAGGCAGAGUUGCAAGACAUGAUUAAUGAAGUCGACGCUGACAACAAUGGUACCAUUGACUUUCCUGAAUUCUUGACGAUGAUGGCCCGAAAAAUGAAGGACACCGAUUCCGAGGAAGAAAUCAGAGAGGCCUUCAAGGUUUUCGACCGUGACAACAACGGAUUCAUCUCGGCCGCAGAACUCCGUCAUGUCAUGACUUCCAUCGGCGAAAAGCUCACGGAUGAUGAAGUCGACGAGAUGAUUCGGGAGGCUGACCAGGACGGCGACGGCAGAAUUGAUUAUAACGAAUUUGUCCAGCUCAUGAUGCAGAAAUAA